ACCCGUUUUACAGCUGCGAUACGGACAAGGCCCUGGCCCAGGCUUCAGUGGCGGGAACGCAAUAAUGUCAGCAGAAUCAAAGCAGCUACGGGCCGGAUCCGGGGAACGAGCGCGCGGAUUUUCAUUUUCUGGAAUCUGACAGGAUCACCUCAGCGUGGGUCAAGGUGCAGGAAAAGUUUGAGGAAACAGUUUUAUUCCGGUGGUCUUCAUUCCCAUUUGAUACAAUGAAAUGGAUGUAGGAUAUUCUGGUUAUCAUCUGUUCUAAGAGCAUGAACAUUGUUUCAGAUUCAAUUCUUGGUAAAAAUGGAUCCAGAUGAAUCUUCUUCUCAAGCGGGGUAUCAGUGUAGAGGUGAAAUUGAUGAGCCUACUCAAAGUGAAGACUCUGCUUCUUGUCCACUUGCAUCUAAAUACAACAACAGCAAGCCAGUCCCGGAAGAAGAGGAUCAAUCUCAAACUGUUGUUCAGGAGGGCAAUGCAACCCCUGUAUCAAAGUGUAUAAUUUGUAAAAAGUCAACUGAAGAAGAUAGCAAGAUAAAGACUUAUUCUGACACAACAGGACCAUCACUGAAAUCUGCAGCAGGUUUUCGAACUACCCUGAGGAGUGACAAAUACGAAGAGGUCACCAAGAGAAUUGUCAGCAGUGAUGUUCAAGGGAAAUUGUACCACCCCUCUUGCCAUCGACUGUACACAGCAGUGAAGAGACCAAAAGAUGGAACUGGAUCUGAACCUCAGCCAAAGAAAGCACGGAGGGAGACAAGAACAAACAGCACUUUACCAGAGACAGGAAAUCGUGGUAUCCUGAAACGACCAUGUAUCUUUUGUGGGAAGAACAGAAAAAAGAAGAGGGGUAAAGAGGAACGGCUUAUGUCAGUUGCAACAGAUGGGGGUUGUGAUACACUGGUAGAACGGGCUCCCCAGUCAAGAAAUGAACGCUUCAAAAGCUUAAUAUUGGGUGAUGUUAAUCUUGUUGCGAAGGAGGGUAAAUACCAUAAAUCAUGCAGAGUUGAGUUUAUGCAUGAGACAGAAAUAGCAAGGCAUAGCAAAGCAACACCUCGUGAAUUCAAUAAGAGAGCUUUUUCAUCACUCUGUGGCCUGAUUAACAUGGAAGUUGUCCAAAAUAAAAAAGCUUUACUGGUGUCAUCCUUGUUACACACGUACAAAUUGGAGUACACAAGUAAUGGGGGUAAACCCGAAGACAUUUCUUCAUACUCAUCCCAGAACCUGAUUAGAAAGAUUCAAGAUAAAUUUGCUGAAAAAAUCCGGGUCCAACUGGCAGACCAGCGACGGGGAAACUACAUUUGUGCUUCAUCACUCACUGACGAGGAAGCAAGGUCACAAAUAUUCCACGAUGCUCAGGAACAUGAGGAAAAUGAAAAACUAAGAUGGGCUGCACUCCACCUGCGUUCACUCAUUAUGCAGCUACCCAAGUCUAAAACACCUGUUCCUGCCACAGUGCAGAAUCUCAAGGAAAGUUCACCAGAUAUCCCAAAGCAGCUGGACAUAUUCUUUAGAAGUCUUCUUGGAGGUGUGACACCAGCAUUCCAGGGGGCACAGACCACUGCCAUUGACAGGAAGGUGGCAUUAAUGGCAUCAGAUGCAGUUUUUAAUGUGUCAUGGGGCACAGUAAAACCCUGGAAGCACAUUGCAAUGGGACUUGGUAUGUCAUCACUGACUGGUUCAAAGUUAGUGCUACAAAUCCUUAACAGAGCAGGCCACAGCAUCAGCUACAGUGACGCAAAGGGACUGGAAACUGAAUUUGCCUAUUCUGUGACUUCAGAUGGGCGUGAUGCUCCAGAUGGAAUACACCUUCUCCCUGAUAGAUCAACAGCCUGUGUAUGGGACAACAACGAUGCAAACGUGGAGACUCUCGAUGGAAAGGCAACUCUUCACUCCACUGUUGGUCACACUUAUCAAAAUAUAAUGGAGCAUGACAAUGAAGAAGGUGCCCACAUGGUUUGAUGGACCAUCAGUUCCGGAUUCCUUGUUCUCUAGCCAGGAUAGUGGCAAAACUGGGAACAUUGAAAAUACUGAAGAGAGUGACAGCGAUGUGACAAUAAUUCUAAGUCGGUCAGAAGGAAAUGAGAUGGAAACAGAUGAUUUCGAUGAACUCAGUGAUUACGACCUGUCGGACAUAUCUGAUGAUGAGACAUGGAGUGAAGACUCCGAUUCUGAUGUUGAAGACAUGGAGUAGCUCAAUGAAAUAAAAAUGAACAUUCAUUUCAUAUGUUCUUCAUGUUGACACAAUACCCUUUACCCUUAGACUUAUGUGAACUGACAUACUUCCAGCCUUCAAUAAAACAUGUAUGCAUUGUUUGAAAAUUAACAGAAGACUGUGAUCUGAAAAUCCCCACUGUGGUUUAUGCAGUGUGUAUCCAUGUUUUAUGGAUGGUCAUUGAUGGUCAUUUAGCAUAGGAUGAGUUAAAAUGGUUUGAAUGUUUGGCUUCCUUCCUGAUAUGAUAGAUGACAAUGAUGGCACAAAAUUGCUGCCAAUUCUGCAACAUUGUCUUCAGAGUAAUAAAAUGCAACAGGAUUGAUA